AUGUGGCAGAAAGCCGCGUCCUGUCACGCUACCUGCAAUAUUCCCCCGACACGGAGCUCUGUCCUUCGGCAAAGGCCUGACCAGGGCAGCCUCCUGCCGGCUGAGCCUGCCUGUGCGCCCAGAGGGUGCACGCCCAGGCCCCUGCCAGCCUCCUCCUGGGCAAACACCUGCGCGGGUUCUCAACCGCCUGCGGCUGCACCGGGCCUGACGGGCCAGGCGUGCGCGGCGGUGCCAGCAGCCGGCACACGGCUCCCGGGGCGCGCAGGGCCCCGACCCAGCCUAGGGGAAGCGCACGCCCAAGCCGGGACCCGAGGGCUGGGGAGAAGCCCGGGGUCUCGUCGGGAGGAGCGUGUCACGGGCGCCCCUGCAGGGCCUGGGGCCACAGGCAGCGGCAUGUUUCAUUUUCACCCCCGAAAGGCUGGCGGAGGUGAGCGGAAGGCGGCUUUCCUGGCUUUCGGACGCCCCGCCCGGUCUCUGAAACGCGUUCCGCCAGGACCGCCCCCCGAGGCGCGCAUCCAGGGGCCGGGCGUCCUGGGCGCACUGCCGCCGCCCACCUCCGAGCCCUCGCCCGCCCCACACCUGCCGGCCCUGCGCCCCGCGCCGGCUCCGCUCGUCCGCGCUCAUCCCCCGGGGCCCGGCCCCCACCCCGCGCCGGGAGCCUCCGAAGGCGGCCGGUGUUUGAAGGAAGUUUUUAACGGAGGAAUGUGCCGUUAGGGGACACCGUGAAAGCAUGGCACGGGCAGUCUUUCUGUAUUAGAAACAG